UUUUAACUUACGCCAUGAAGUCCCAUCUCCUCCUCCUAUAUAUAUAACUCUCAAUCAUCACUACUCUUAAGAAACAUCCAAGAUACACACAUAGAUUUAAAGCCAUGAAAAAUUGGCAAAUUGUUCUUUUUUUCUUAUUAGCUUCAUACAUGGUAUUCAUGUCCAUGAGACACCACCACCAGCCUGAAUAUUUCUCUAUCCAUGGUAUUAGGUACCAUGUUCGUGUUGUUAAUGGCUUCACAAACAACUCCUCUCUCCCACUUAUCAUAUGGUGUGCCUCACAAGAUGGUGAUAUAGGUGGUCGAGCUCUCCAAGAAGGAGACGACUUCAGUUGGGACACCAGGCUUAGUUUUUGGACAUCCACUCCUGCUUUCUCUUGUACGAUGAAAUGGGAUCAAAUAAGGAAGAAGUUUAAAGCCUUUCAGAUACACCGAGACAGAUCGAGGUGUGGAGUUUCCAGGAAAUGUUUCUGGUUGGUUAAGGAAGAUGGUUUCUAUUUUAGCAACGACGAGUAUAAUUGGGUUAAGGAUUUUUCUUGGUCAUAAUUUUUAUUUGGAAUACCUAACCUGCUAUAUCUUAGCUUGGUUUACAUACCAAUGAUAUUAUUGUGGGACCUAUUUACUACUAGAUAUAAAAGUAGGCUUACAAUGAUUUCAUCUUCUUGGAAUUGUGUUUUUGAAAGCUAAGAGUAAAGAGAGACAAUUUUCCCCCUUUUA